GUCCGUCCCCUUCCUGCCAACUACUCUCUUCGCUUUCCGUUUUCAAGGACAGCCAAAGUCAUUAGAACCAAACAGGAAGGGCAAAAAGGUCACUCAGUAGAGCUUGACACUGUUCGAACAAUGAUUUUCCAAUGGAGGAAUGGCUUGCAGAGUUGGCAAUGUCUCUCUCUUGUUCGUUCAUCGUUUCUUAGCUCCUAAAAACAAACACUAAUUCUUUCUCUCUCGGCAGUUAAGCUGCUUAAAUCUCCCCACCUACUCUGCUUUCGCUCUCUAAACAACGCAUUCAAUCUCACUUUUCUCUCUCAUCAUUUCUUCAUUUAUUGUUCUUUCAUUCAUUUCUGUUUCACUUCAUUCCUUCAAUUAUAUUCUUAUUGCUCUGCUUCACUGCUAUAUCUUUUAUGUGAAAGUGGAUAUCUCUCUUUCUUCUUCUUCUUCUUCAUUUGGAGAGAAAGAAAGAGCAAACCGAGCUUAUUAGAGAAGAACAGAAAGUAAAAUGCCUUUGGUAAGGUUUGAAGUGAGAAAUGAGUACGGGUUGGGUCAGCCUCACCUCUACAAAGAAGCAAAUCGUGAAGAUCCUAAGGCUGUGUUAGAUGGUAUCGCGGUUUCUGGUCUCGUUGGGAUCUUGCGUCAAUUAGGCGAUCUCGCCGAAUUUGCAGCAGAGGUUUUUCAUGGCUUACAGGAGCAAGUAAUGACUACAGCUUCUAGAAGUCAUAAAUUGAUGGUUCGUGUGCAAAACAUUGAAGCUUCACUGCCUUCUCUGGAGAAGGCGGUACUGGCCCAAACAAGUCAUAUACACUUUGCAUACACAGCUGGUUCUGAAUGGCGUUCACGUAUUCAAAAUAGACAAAACCAUUUCAUCUACAAUGACUUACCCCGAUUUAUUAUGGACUCCUAUGAAGAUUGCCGUGAUCCUCCACGUCUAUAUUUGCUCGACAAAUUUGAUGCAGGUGGCCCAGGAUCUUGUUUGAAGAGAUACUCUGAUCCAACCUUUUUUAGAAGAGCAUCGGGCAACUUCAAGGAACCAGAUGCUGAGAAAGUCCGAAAAGAAAAGAAGAAUCGAAAGAACAAGAAAAAAAGAUCAUCACAUAGGAAUGCUGACUUUCUGCGAUCUACGUCAAUGUCAAAUCAGAGUGGCAGAAUGCAGUUUACUACUCCAAUUGUUAAUGGGCGGACUUCUCCAUCUCGUACAGCCUCCACUGUUGACACGACAUUAAAAUCUGAUCUGGGUGAUCAUUCAAAUUCUUUUGACUCAAAAACUGGAUCAGCUUAUGUUGAAUGUGUUUUCCAUUUAAGUUCCACCAUCCAACCUGAAGAACAAGAAUCUAAGGAAUUCUCUCCAGGGUUCAUGCAUCAUAUUGAUAUUGCUGAUUCAAUUUUCCCUGAUGGACGACCCAACAUUGCUACUGAUAAUUUCCCUCGCAGUUCAUCACCUGAGCCAAUUGCGCCUAGUUCAUCUUGCGAUACAUGGGAUGAGAAGACAGAAAUAGUGGAGCCUAAGGGCCUAGACUGUGAUGUAAAUGAAGGUCCAGAGAUGUUUACAACAGAUUCUGAUCUAGGCAUUCGAGGGGCGGAAAUAUCCAACCUUAGCAAUCCUGAUCAAGUAGAAAUGGGUUCUGAUGAUGAAAAUAUUCAGAAAUCAAGCAUUGUUAGGAAUGAGCUUGAUGAAGUUGAAAGUGAGCCAGACAAUUACGAGGAUGCCCUUAACACCAUAGAAUCAGAAUCUGAAACUGACCUUGAUUGCCAAACGAAACAUGAACUGGAGCAAUGUUUCUCCAAUACUCAAAAUGAAGGAAUAGAUGAGGAAAUAAACAGGGUCACAGAUGAUGUUUUAGAUGAUUAUCCAUCUAAAUUUGAAUCUCAUAUUCCUUUUGAUAUUUGUUCUGACGAAGGAAGGGCCUGUGACUUGCCCAACUCUGAUCCCUCAAAUGGUUUUAUUGACGAAAAUACAUCUCAUGUCUCUGGAGAACCUUCUCCUUCAGACAAGUUACCAGGUAAUGAAAGUUCUACAAGUGUCGAUCCUCUUGAUGGUCCAAAAGUAGAGUCUACUGUCAGUGACCCAUCAUCGUUUGGCUGUGGAAUAAGUGUCGAUCCUCUUGAUGGUCCAAAAGUAGAGUCUACUGUCAAGUCUCAAGAAUCAGAGGCUGAAUUGUCUAGUGUUCAUUCAGUUUCAUUUUGGACAAAUGGUGGUCUAUUAGGACUUCAGCCGUCCAAGCCUCCUGAUUUUGCUGUAGCAAGUACACCAAGUCAUGAUUUUAUGACAAGAAACAAAGGACAGGUAGUUGUUCCUCCAAAUCACACUUGUAUGCCAGCCAACGAUGGAGAUAGAGAAAGACCUGGCAAAUUGUAUGAGGAUCCUGGAAACAUGGAAAGAGUUCUGAAUUCUGAACGUUCCAAUUCACAGCACGAGGAUAAAGAUAACGAAGUUGAAAAAUCAGGUGAUUUUCAUCGUAAUAAUAGAUUUGAUCAUCCUUUUGGGGGACGAACGAAUGUUACCAGUGUAUUGAAUCCGGGAAAAGAGCUGCCACUUGAUGCAGACAUCAAAGCCACACCUACUGAGACAAGCCUGGAAAUUAUUGAAAACUCAUCCCAAGUGUUUGGACUUGGACAUAGAUUACUUAUUAAUGGUUUUCGUAGAACGAUGUCACUUGACUCGGCCAGGAAACCUGAGUCGGCUGCCUCACUAAAAACUGACACGGUGGAGCAGAGGAAUGGGCACCAGAGCUUUGCGUAUCGUGCAACUCCAGAGAAAAUAUUCAAUGAGAAGUUUGGAUAUAAAUCUAUUGCAGAUUCACUUCCUUCCUCACCACCCCUAGAACAUAUGAAAAUGUCUUUCCACCCUGCUGGUGGCUUUGAGGCUUCCAAAUUGAAACUUAGAUUUCCUGAUGGGAACCACAGUAAUGGAGGUAUUAGAGAUAUGUUCCCAUCUUUUCAGUUGGUCCCAGAGCCUGCCGUUCUUUUACAAGAAGCGGGUUCUGAUUCUGACGAUGAUACCUUCUGUAGAUCAUCUCCUUAUAGGUCAGAUGAUUGUCUUAGCCGCUGCUCUGAUUCAGAUUCUGAGCAAUGGGAAUCUGGGGAAUCUCCUGAAAACAAGGACCAUGAGCUAUAUGAUGCUUUGUGCAGAAUAUCGUCUGUUGAAUCUGUUUCAAGCUCUUUGCAGCCUGGGACAGUGGAUAACAAUGGCAUUCACAUGGAUUCGAGACUAAAAAGUCUAUUUACUGAGAAUGGUGCAGAUCCAUCUUUCUCUUCUUUGCUAGAUCUUCCCAGUUUUGAUGCUGUGAACCCUAUACUACAGGGAAAAUCAAAAGAUGAUGUGGAUCAAGGGAAUCUCAUAGAAUUGCAGAAUCCUAGAGAGUCCAACCCUUCACCACCACCUCCUCCCCCAGUGCAAUGGUGGGCUGCAAAACCUGCCUCUUACAUAGCAGAAGACAAACCGAACACAGCAUUUGAAGUUGUGAAUGAGCAACAUACGCCUGGUCUAAAAAUUUCAGGUUCUACAAUAUCUCAGCAACAUAAACCUGCCCCAUCCAAUGAGCAACAAACAGAUGAAACCUUUGCAUUUAAACCAAAUGGCAAGCAGGACCGGCAGAAGUUGAAUGUGCAGAAAGAAGUUAACCUGCCAUCAAAUGGCAAAGAGAUGGAUGAAAAGGAAGAUUUUUUGCAUCAAAUCAGAACAAAAUCAUUUACUCUGAGACGCACUGUGACAGCAAGGCCUACCUUCACAUCGGUUCCUGCAGCAAAUGACAAAGUCACUGCAAUUCUAGAGAAAGCAAUUGCAAUCCGACAGGCUGUCGGGAGUGACGAUGGAGAAGAUGAUGAUACUUGGAGUGACACUUGAUCUUUAUUCAAGUAUUGUGCAAGUUCUUGGGAAGCAAAUCCUUUUUGUAAUUUUGAAUUCUUGUAGUUGAGUAAAUUUGUAUUAUAUAUAUAUAUAUAUAUAUAUAUAUAUACAUGUGAAUAAUCUCAGUUUCUCUGUGUAAUUAAUCCGUAGGGUUUUGUUGCUCAGUAUCUUUAUGGCAAUUAAUUAAGUUUUCAAAUAGUUAGGAUAAAAAUGCUAACAAUGAGUUAAUCCAUAAUCAUGUAAUGAGGCACUUAUUUAUGCUUGGUGCCUAGGAAUAUUAUAUGAUAGUUCCAACACUACUUAUUUUGAAUUCGUUA